GACAGCAGCGUUCUCGGAUGCUUGCUACUCUUUUUAAAGAUGAAAGGUGCCAGCAACUUGCUGCUUAUGGGAUCCUAGAGAAAAUGUAUUUAGAUAGGAUCAUCAGAGGAAAUCAACUUCAAGAAUUUGCUGCCAUGCUGAUGCCUCACCAAAAAGCAACUACAGCUGAUGGUUCCAGCAUCUUGGACAGAGCUGUUAUUGAACACAAUUUGUUGUCUGCAAGCAAAUUAUAUAAUAAUAUUACCUUUGAAGAACUUGGAGCUCUUCUAGAGAUCCCUGCAGCUAAGGCAGAAAAGAUAGCAUCUCAGAUGAUAACAGAAGGACGUAUGAAUGGAUUUAUUGACCAGAUUGAUGGAAUAGUUCAUUUUGAAACACGAGAAGCCCUGCCAACGUGGGACAAACAGAUCCAAUCACUUUGUUUCCAAGUGAAUAACCUUUUGGAGAAAAUUAGUCAAACAGCACCAGAAUGGACAGCACAAGCCAUGGAAGCCCAGAUGGCUCAGUGAAUCCUUGUAGAACUUCUGUGCACACCACAUCUUUUUUCGUGUUGUGCAGAUUAAUUUCACUAUCUCUUCAAAGCAUUUGCAUCAUGAUCUUAUACAUUUCAGUUCCUUUUAUGCUGGAUUCCAUUUAAAGACAAAAUUAUUAAAACAGGAAGUACAAGCAUUUAAAACUAUGUAGCGCCCAUAUAUUCAGGGUCUCUGUGUAUGAAGCAACUCAGAUGUUUUGAAAGCUUUUUCUUUAAAUGGAGAAGGUAAAAUAUCUGUGGCUAAAAAGUUUGGGAUGUGUGAUAACUUUGUAGUCAUGUAAAACUUAAGCGCUUUGUGCCUCUCCAAAUGUGUUUAUUCUAAUAAAUGGAGAAAUGAGCCAAAUAAAAGUAGUAUUUUGUUUUUAAUUAGCAAA